UGGCAUUGCGUUGGCAGCUAUAUUGGAUUUUCUAUGCGGUGACGUUCCUGGAACCGGGAAGCAUUAUACCUCUACCAAUAUGGCUUAGCCGCACAUAAACUGUAACGGGCAAGUUUCACUGUUUUUACUGUCUUCGCAAGUUGUCAGGAGUGUUACAUGUAACUCAAUGUUGUAAACGGUGAUUAUAAUCGCCGGUCAAUAGGCCAAAUGGUUAAAGAGGAAGCGCCGUGUUAUUGCAAAAUAUGCUUGGUGGGUGGGUCUUAAAUGCCAGCGCCAAUGAAACGAAUAGAAUGAGUUGUAUAGAACACGGGGACGUUUCAGUUUCAUGUAAUAUAAUGUCCAUUUAUCACCGUUGUGCACAAGUGUGGUGGAACUAGAAUUUACAGGGAACUAACUGUCGUAGUUCGUUCUAUUUGAGUGGCGUAAUCAUAUAUUUCUGUAGACAACCACACGCGAGGUUGUUCCUCAACGCAUCGUUCAGAAUGGCUGGGCUGGUGAGUAGCAGAGGGUGUCACAAAAUCAGGGGUUCCCAAAUAAGAGAGCUCCUCGACUCCAAGCUCAACGUCCUUUUUGAUUGCGACGGAGUCAUCUGGAAUGGCGAAACGGUCGUGGCAGGCGCGCCAGAAGUGGUGACGCUACUGAAACAGCAAGGCAAAAAGGUAUUUUUCAUCACCAACAACUGUACUAGGCCCAGAGCGAGCUACGUAACGAAGUUUAUCCGGUUGGGCUUCACUGAUGUCGCAGAGGAGGAGAUCUUCAGCUCGGCGUACUGCUCUGCGGCUUAUCUGCGAGACGUGGCGAAGUUGCAGGGUAAGGUGUAUGUCAUAGGGUGCCAGGGCGUUGUGAAGGAGCUACGGGAGGCUGGGGUUCCCAUAGUGGAGGAGGACACUGACGCACCUACUGGGACCAUUUACGACUACCCGUUGGACCCAGACGUAAAGGCAGUGCUGGUGGGAUAUGACGAGAAAUUUGAUUUCAUUAAACUGGCCAAAGCCUGCUGCUACUUACAGAAUACUGAGUGCCUGUUUCUGGCCACUGACCCUGACCCCUGGCACCCACUGCGAGGAGGCAGAAUAACACCAGGUUCAGGAAGCCUCACGGCCGCUGUGGAGACAGCCAGCAGCAGGAAAGCCACGGUGAUCGGGAAGCCCAGCUGCUUCAUGUUCGAGUGCAUCGCCAGCCAGUUCAACCUGGACCCCAGCCAGUCCCUCAUGGUGGGUGACCGCCUGGAGACUGACAUCCUGUUUGGGGCUAACUGUGGCCUGGACACCAUGCUCACCCUGACCGGAGUGUCCACUCUAGAGGAGGCGCGCGGCUACAAGGACAGUGACGACCCUGAGCGGAAGGACUUCGUGCCAGAUUACGUGGUGGAGACCAUUGCCGACUUCAUUGAAGCGUAUGCAGAGGAGGAAGGCUGAGGAGGACUAUAGAAAGAGCAGACCCCUGAAGCUGUGCCUGAGAGACCUGGGUCAUGUUCAUUAGAGUACGCAACGGAAAGUGAAAAUUCCCUCCCUGUUUCAAUCCAUUUGGUGCCUAAUGAACACGACCCUGGAUAUAUCAGAAAAGGGAUUAGUUUGGUGGUGUUAUACGCAGUCAUUUGUAAAGCCUUUAAGAAGUCAGUGUGAUGUGUUAUAGUGCUUGCGACAGGCAUGCUGUGCUUUUUAUGCCGAUAAUCUUUGUCAUGAGGCAUGCAAAGACGUGGCGUAACAUUUUGGAAAUGUUUUUUGCAAUUUACAUGCUUAUGGCAAGUGAUAAUGACAUUGACCAGGAUUCAAUCAGAGAUGCGUUGUAGACAAGCCCAUUUCACUACAGACAAUGGAGAUCGCAUUCACGGUAAAACGCCGAAGAUGUCGACUCAUGCGGAAAUGAUCUUUUAAAUGUCAAGCACUGUGCACUUGUAUACAACAUGUCUUUGAUUGAACACAGGCCAUUGUGUAGUAUUUUGGAAAGCUUUAUGAAUGGUGGCAUAAGUUCACCUGGAACAUUAUUUACGAACACCAAUAAUGCAGUGUGAGACUCCACCUGGUUGUAGUUCCUAGUGUUCAUUAUUUGGGACAUUUAUUGGUGUAGUAGGAAUGUCUUUGGUUGUACUGUAGUAUAUCAUAGACGUCGCCAUAUGAGCCCAAUAUACAAGCUGUUCUAUUUUCCUUGAGACCAUCCAGUGUUGAAAUGGACUGGGAUCCAUCAAAGUGAAUCAUAACACCCAAUGUAAAUGGACUGGGAUCCAUCAAAGUGAAUCAUAACACCCAAUGUAAAUGGACUGGGAUCCAUCAAAGUGAAUCAUAACACCCAAUGUAAAUGGACUGAAGUCAUCUAAACCAACUGUGCUGUUCCACAGUCAAAACAUAAGAUAAUGUAAGCUGAAUGCGUCCCUUGCAGCACCUUCAUCUUUAGUACACCAAAUCAAAUACUGUGUUAGGUUUGAAUCCAACAACUGGUAUUCAAAUCAAAUGUAUUUAUAUAGCCCUUCGUACAUCAGCUGAUAUCUCAAAGUGCUGUACAGAAACCCAGCCUAAAACCCCAAACAGCAAGCAAUGCAGGUGUAGAAGCACGAUCCCAAAUGUUAUUUUUGGAGCCAACUGUCCAACAUUUAGCUCUGGAUAGAUGGAAAUAGGGCUGGAGAAUUGGUUUGGUGGAAAUAUGGAUAAAAGACUUGGUUUGAUAUUGGUUGGUUUUCCCACCAAGUCAAACCUUUGCUAAUAUGUGUGCCAGCAGCCUUGCUGUAGUUUUGGAUCCUUUGGUUAAUGAAUCCUUGACUGUAUCAAACAUGACAUGGAAAUUGUUCUCACUUCUCACCUUUCUAAAGAACAGAGCAUAUGAGUGGUCCUGAAUUGAUCAUUACCAACAAUGAAAUGUGUAGGACUGUACGUAGAUCUAAUUACCUUUUGAUAGGCCUUCAACUGAUCAAUUCUACAAGUAAUAAUAUUGGAAUAGAUCUUCAAGUGAUACCAAUGUUCAAUGAACUGAAAUGUGAAUUUGCAGUGGGAAAUAUUGUACAGUAGUUUGGUAUUUGAAAGUCAAAAAGGAACUAGUAUGUUCCUUAACCAUACCACUGUAAAAUGUUAAGUUGCUGAAAUGUUAACUAUUAGGUGUAUUUGGGAACUGGAUUUUCAAUGUUUUUCUUAUCGACAGGUGGUUAUUAACCUGAAGAAGGGGGUGUGGAUUUCAGUCAGGGUAAUAACAAUGGCAGACAAACAUUAUUUUAAUUGAGGGUAUCACCAUUUUUUUUUUAUCAGUCUUUUUACUUAGAUGGAGGUUGUGCUAGAACUUUAUUGUAAGACUUAAGACACAUUUUCAUACUGUAGAUGAAGUACCUAUUUCAAUCCAAUGCCAACCUGUUUUUUAUGAACUUCAUAAACAUUCUGCAGAUUGUUAAUUAGGUUUGUACAUUACUUAAUGUAGUGUACAAUUGCAUUUUGUUUUUUAAUUAAAACUCUUGCUUUGUAUAAUUUCUGUCAAA